AUGGGGCCGCAGAUGCGCGUGCAGAGGGCAGCAGGGCGCACGGGGCGCACAGGGCAGCAAGGCAGAAGGGCGCGCGGGGUGCGCAGUACAACAGGGUGCGCGUGGCGCGCUGUGCUGCAGGCCGCGCGGGGUGCACAGGGCAGCAGGGCAGCAGGGUGUGCGGGGCGCACAGGGCCGCAGGGCAGCGCGGGACGCGCAGGACAGCAGGGCGCGCGUGGCGCGCAGGGCUGCAGGGCGCGCGGGCGGCGCACAGGGCAGCAGGGACAGCAGGGCGUGCGGGCACACAGGGCAGCAGGGCAGCAGGGCGCGCGGGGCGCACAGGGGCUGCACAGGGCAGCAGGGCAGCACGCGGGGCGCACAGGGCUGCAGGGCGCGCGCGGCGCGCACAGGGCUGCAGGGCGUGCGGGGCGCGCAGGACAGCAGGGCGCGCGUGGCGCGCAGGGCUGCAGGGCACGCAAGGCGCGCAGGGCAGCAGGACAGCAGGGCGCGCGGAGCGCACAUGGCUGCAGGGCUCACGGGGCGCACAGCAGCAGGGCAGCAGGGCACGCGGGGCGCACAGGGCUGCAGGGCAGCAGGGCGCGCGGGGCGCACAGGGCUGCCGGGCGUGCGGGGCGCGCAGGACAGCAGGGCGCGCGUGGCGCGCAGGGCUGCAGGGCACGCAGGGCGCGCAGGGCAGUAGGACAGCAGGGCGCGCGGAGCGCACAUGGCUGCAGGGCUCACGAAGCGCACAGGGCAGCAGGGCAGCAGGGCACGCGGGGCGCACAGGGCUGCAGGACAGCAGGGCGCGCGGGGCGCACAGGGCUGCAGGACAGCAGGGCGCGCGGGGCGCACAGGGCUGCAGGGCGCGCGGGGCGCGCAGGACAGCAAGGCGGCGCGUGGCGCGCAGGGCUGCAGGGCGCGCAGGGCGCGCAGGGCAGCAGGACAGAAGGGCGCGCGGGGCGCGCAGGGCUGCAAGGCGCAUGGGGCGCACAGGGCAGCAGGGCAGCAGGGCACGCGGGGCACACAGGGCUGCAGGGCAGCAGGGCGCGCGAGGCACACAAGGCUGCAGGGCUUGCGGGGCGCGCAGGACAGCAGGGCGCGUGUGCCGCACAGGGCAGCAGGGCAGCAGGGCGCGCGGCUGCAGGGCAGCAGGGCACGCGGGGCGCACAGGGCUGCAGGGCAGCAGGUCGCGCGGGGCGCACAAGGCAGCAGGGCAGCAGGGCGCGCGGGGCGCACAGGGCUGCAGGACAGCAGGGCGCGCGGGGCGCACAGGGUUGCAGGGCGCGCGGGGCGCGCAGGACAGCAGGGCGCGCGUGGCGUGCAGGGCUGCAAGGCGCGCAGGGCGCGCAGGGCAGCAGGACAGAAGGGCGCGCGGGGCGCGCGCACGGCUGCAGGGCGCAAGGGGCGCACAGGGCAGCAGGGCAGCAGGGCACGCGGGGCACACAGGGCUGCAGGGCAGCAGGGCGCGCGGGGCGCACAGGGCUGCAGGGCACGCGGGGCGUGCAGGACAGCAGGGCAUGCGUGGCGCGCAGGGUUGCAGGGCGCGUAGGGCAGCAGGACAGCAGGGCGCGCGGGGCGCGCAUGCAGGGCGCACGGGGCGCACAGGGCAGCAGGGCGCACGGGGCGCACAGGGCUGCAGAUCCCCUCCCCCCACUGCUGCACCCGCAGCAGAGGGAUGGAGGAGAAGGGGGGAGGGGGGGGGCUGAUGCUGCAGAUCCCCUCCCCGCCACCCCCUUAACCUCCAAGCUCCCCCCCCUCCCAACACAAGUAGGGAGAGGGAGAACGAAGUUGGGGGGGGAGGGUCCUCGGGCGACGAGGCAAGGGGCCGACGAGGCCGGCGGGGCGACAGGUCCUCGGGCGACGUGGCCGCGGGAGACAGAGCCGCAGGCCACGGCGCCUUGGGCGACGAGGGCGGGGCCUAGGGGCAACGGUGCCGACAGGCCUAGGGGCGGCAGGUGCGACGGGGCCGACGGGCAUAGGAGCGUUGCGCGACGGGCGACGAGCCGGAACCGGGGCCUAGGGGCGUCGGGCGCGAGCGACGGGGCCGAGGGGCCUUGGUCGACGGGGGGGGCCGCGAGGCGUAGGGCCGUGCCUAGGGGAGCGACAGGAGACGGGGCCGACGGGACCUAG